GUAAUUUGUAAUACUUAACGUGGGCAGAUGGGGGUUGUUUCGGGCUUUAUCAAUUUGCAACUCCAGGGAGAGAGAAUUUGCAGAUCUGACUGCCCAAACUCCAUUGAGGUAUCUGAAAUACUUGUGUUGGAGUAUCUUUAUGUAAUGGAAUCAGAUUGUGGUGAAAGAAAAUCAUAAAUUCGCAGACGCAAAGCCCAAAACUCUGAAGACACAGAUAAAGGGAUCUGGGCUUGCUGUAUUUGAUAGAGUUAGUCAUAAUCAUACAAGAUUUAUUUAGCUUGAUAUACGAUUAGUGUUGCUGAUCGAUGGAGUCGCAGAAAGGGGAAAAAAAUAAAGGGUUUCGGCCGUCGAGACGCGGGGCUAUUAAAUCAAACAUGAUUGAGUCAGUGUUUCGCGCUAUGAAAAAAAACUUCGGAGGCGGGAAGGAUGUGACAAAACACUUCGGAGGCGGGACGGAUGUGACAAAACACUUCGGAGGUGGGACGGAUGAAACCUCAGAUGCCCUAGACACUGCUGUCAAAUUUAUUCGAGAAGAUGAAGAGCCUGGCAAAGACAUAGAGAUCGCAUCUGAGCUGCCCAAAGCAAUUAGUGUUUCGCAAAGAGAUGACCAGCUUGGCAAAGGCAAAGAGAUCGCAUCUGAGUUGCCAAAAGGCAAAGGCAAAGAGAUCGCAUCUGAGUUGCCAAAAGCAAUUAGUGCUUCGCGCUCUGCAUUCACAUCAUCUCCAGAAAGGGAAUACGAAGUAUGCUUGAGUUUCAGAAGUCUAGACACUCCCUACACUCUCACUGAUUACCUGUACGAGGAUCUCAUAAAUGUACGAGUUAACACCUUCUUUCUUGAAGAUAACAAUCUUUGGAAAAGAGGUGAGAUUAAUCCGAGACAACUCAAAGCAAUCAUGGAAUCGAAGAUCUCAAUCCCAAUCUUCUCCGAGAACUAUGCUUCCAGCGAAUGGUGCCUCCGCGAGCUCGCCCAAAUGGUGGAGUGCAGGAGAACUAAAGGACAAGUAAUUAUACCCAUUUUCUACGACGUUGAACCCUCUGAUGUGAAGCAUCAAACUGGGAGUUACGAGGAGGCCUUCCGCGAGCACGAGAGGUAUUUUGACGAAAGGACUGUCAAGCAAUGGAGGGCGGCAUUGGCAGAGGUUGGAGCUCUCGAGGGUUGGGAAGUGAAGGAGAAAACUGAUGGGUAUCUAGGAAGACUAAGAAAAGAGAAGAUUGUUCCAGCAGUGUUGUUAGGGUUAAAGAAGAAGACUGACAUUUUGGUGGGAAUGGAUCUUCACGAAUAUGAAAUGAUGAGAUUGUUAGAUAUUGGCUGCAAUGAUGUCAGGAUUGUUGGUAUCCAUGGCAUGGGAGGUAUUGGCAAGACAACUAUUGCCUUGUUCCUCUACAAUAAACUCUUGAAAUGCUUUGACUGUGGUAGCUUCCUUGAACAGGUUCAAGAAAAGGAACCUGUUAGUCUCCAAAAGAAGCUUCUGGAUGACACCCUAAAAUGGUGCCCUGACAUUGCUGACACUGAUAGUGGAAUUAACAAGAUUAAAGAAAGGCUUUCGACAAAGAAAGUUCUUAUUGUUCUUGACGACCUGGAUGAAAGGUUGAAGUUUGAUAUGCUUGUGGGAAAUUGUAAUUGCUUUGGGCCAGGGAGUAGAAUCAUAGUUACAACUAGAGACAAAUCUGUUUUAUAUCUUCUUGGAGUGACUUAUAGACCCCGGGAACUGGACAUGGACCAAUCUCUUGAACUUUUCAACAUGCAUGCUUUCAGAAGGGAGUUCCCUCCACCAGACUAUUAUAGUCUCUCUCAAGUGAUUGCAUACAGAAGUGCAGGUCUUCCUCUAAAUCUUGUGGUUGCAGGUUCAUUUCUAUCUGACAAGAGCAAAGUGGUCUGGGAACAUACAUUGACGAAUUUGGAUGCAUUACUACAUGAUUCAUCUGAUGAUUGUUACAGCUAUCAUUACAAUAUGUUGAGAAUAAGUUAUGAUGCACUAAAUUAUGAGCAACAACAGAUUUUUCUUGAUAUUGCAUGUCUUUUUGUUGGAAUGGAUAAAACAUAUGCAUUUUACAUGUGGGAUGAUUGUGGCUAUCAUCCAAAGGAAGAAAUUGAUGUCCUUCGUCUGAUGUCUCUAGUGGAAUUGGGAGAUGAUAAUGUGCUGAGGAUGCAUGAUCUAAUUAGGGACCUUGGUAGAGAAAUCGUCCGUCGAGCUAGAGAAUUGGGAGAUGGUAGUGUGCUGAGGAUGCAUGAUCUACUUAGAGACCUUGGUAGAGAAAUCGGCAGUCAAGAAAAUGUUAUGGAUCUGGGAAAACUUAGUCGAUUGUGGAAUCACGAGGAAGCCUUGGCCGUAUUGUUGAAACAAAUGGGAACAGAAAAGGUUGAAGCCCUGUGUCUUCACUCGGUAGAGAUGGUGCGUGAAUCCUACUUUACAAAUGAGGAAUUCACCAGACUAGUAAAUCUAAGGUAUCUCCAAGUGGAUGGUGCAGAUCUUGUUGGGGAUUUUAAGCAUCUUUUUCCCUGUCUAAGAUGGCUUAAUUGGCGCAGUUGCCCUCCGCAUUUCAAACCAACCAAUUUUCAUUUGGAGAAUCUAGUCAUUCUUGAUCUAUCACAUAGUGGCAUCACAGAAGACUGGGAGGGUUGGAAUCAAAUUAAGAUGGCAAAAAAGUUGAAAGUUCUUGAUCUCAGUUGUUGUGCUUUAACUAGGACUCCCGACUUUUCUACAUAUGCAACUUUAGAGAGAUUGAUUAUUCGAUUCUGCAAAAAUUUGAUUGAAAUUGACCCAUCCAUUUGUCAUCUGAAGAAUUUAAAAGUGCUUGACAUUUCAGGGUCUUUCAGUAUAACGAAGUUACCCGAUAAAAUUUGGAUGUUAGACAAGCUGGAAGUAGUAGGCGAAUAUGUUUAUGAUGUCUUUUUGAGUUUUAGAGGCCAGGACACCUUCACUGAUUUCCUGUACCACGAUUUCAACAGUUUACGGGUUAGCACCUUUCGAUAUGAUAAUGAGCUUUGCACAGGAGAAGAGAUGAGACCAGGACUGCUCAAGGCAAUCAAGGCGUCGAAGAUCUCCAUCCCAAUCUUCUCCAAAAACUAUGCUUCCAGUAAAUGGUGCCUCCGCGAGCUUGCCCAGAUAGUGGAGUGCAAAAGAGUUACGAAACAAAUGAUUUUACCCAUCUUCUAUGAUGUUGAACCAUCAGAUGUGCAAUAUCAAUCUGGGAGUUUUGAGGAGGCCUUCAAAGAGCACGAGAUGUGUUUCAGUGAUGGGACUGUUAAGGAAUGGAAGGAGGCACUGAGAGAGCUUGGAGCAUUGAAGGGUUGGGAAGUGAAGACAGAAAUGGAUGAGUAUCAAUGGAAAUUAAUAAAAGAGAUGAUUGUUUCAGCGGUGUUGUUAGAGCUAAAAAAGAAGAGCGUGGAUGUACCUGACUACUUGGUUGGCAUCGAUCAUCAGCUCAAUGAAAUGAUGAGAUUAUUAAAUGUUUUCCCCAAUGAAGUACAAAUUGUUGGUAUCUACGGCAUCGGUGGUAUUGGCAAGACAACUAUUGCCAAGCUCAUCUACGAUGCUCUCAAAGAGAACUUUGACUGUCAUAGCUUCCUUGCUGAUAUUCGAGAAACAGCUCAGGAAUUUUAUGGUCUUGUUGAUUUGCAGAAAAAGCUUCUCACUGACACCCUAAAAUGGUGUCCUGACAUUUCUGAUGUUGAAGGUGGAAUGGAUGUGAUUAAAACCAUAUUUCGCAGAAAGAAAGUUCUUCUUGUUCUUGAUGAUGUGAUUGAAAGCUCUCAAUUUUGUUGGCUUGUGGGAAAGCAUGACUGGUUUGGUUCAGGGAGUAGGAUCAUAGUUACAAGUAAAGACAGGAAUGUUUUAAAUGAUAUUAAAGUGGAUGCAACUUAUGAACCUCCAUUAAUGGAUUCUGAGCAAUCUCUUCAACUUUUCAGUAUGCAUGCCUUUAGAAGGAAGUUUCCUCCAAUAGACUAUUACAGCAUCUCUAGAGAGGUUGCAUUCGUUGCUGCAGGGAUUCCUCUAACUCUUGAGGUUAUAGGUUCAUUUCUAUCUAACAAAGAGAAAGUGGUAUGGAAUGAUACAUUGAAGAAACUGAAGACAAUAUCUCAUGGUGAAGUUGAGAGAAAAUUGAGGGUAAGCUAUGAAGCAUUAAGUUAUGCGCAACAACAGAUAUUUCUUGAUAUUGCAUGUCUUUUUACCGGGAUGGAUAAAACAACUGUAUUUUACUUGUGGGAUGAUUGUGGCUAUCAUCCGGAAAAGGAAUUUAAUGUCCUUUGUCUCAUGUCUCUUGUAAAAGUGGAAAGAGAUACUAAUGAGCUGAGGAUGCAUGAUCAGUUUAGAAAUCUCGGUAGGAAAAUUGUGUUUGAGGAAAAGAAUUUGGGAAAUCGUAGUAGGUUGUGGAACCAUGAGGAUGCCUUGGAUGUAUUGGAGGAACGGAGGGGAACGGAAAAGAUUGAAGCCCUAAGUCUUUGUUUUGAAUUGGGGUCUGGAAAGAAGCCUCGCUUUACAAGUAAGGAAUUCGCAAAACUAAUAUCUCUAAGGUAUCUCCGAGCUGAUGGCAUAGAGCUUGUUGGGGAUUUUGAGCAUCUGUUUCCCUGUUUAAGAUGGCUUAGUUGGCGUGGUUGCCCUCCACAUUUUAAACCAACCAAUUUUCAUUUGAAGAAUUUAGUCAUUCUUGAUCUAUCUGAUAGCGGCAUCACAGAAGACUGGGGGGGUUGGAAUCAAAUGAAGAUGGAAAAUAAGUUGAAAGUUCUACGACUGGCUGAUUGUGCUUUGAGGAGAACUCCAGACUUAUCAUCAUAUGCAACUCUAGAGAUAUUGAUUCUUCGACACUGUAGAAGUUUGGUAGAAAUUGACCGAUCCGUAGGUAAUCUGAAGAAUUUAAAAGUGCUGGACAUUUCAUUUACUGAUAUAAGGAAGUUACCUGAUGAAAUUUGGAUGUUAGAGAAGUUGAAAGUGAUAGGUUUCAAGCGUUGACAUUCCUAGUAAUAUUGGGGAUCCAUAAUCUUUGAGAUUCUUGAGCUUUUAUGAUACCAAAAUUCUGAGUGUUUGUCAAACUUAAGGAGUCUGGCUUUCAAUUUUAUCCUUCAUCUUACAAUUUCUAAUUAAUUUAUGUGAGUUGCACUUUAUUGGGGGCUGUGAGCAUGUGAAGAUUCCUAGAAAUAUUUGACAAUUAACCAAAUUGGAGAAAUUGACCUUGGAUUCUACCAACACUAGGACCCUACCAGAAGACAUUGGUGGCCUUUCUCAGCUGAAGUUUUUCUAUGUAAAAUUCUGCCAUGACCUUCAGUGUACUCAGGUUACCCUCGAGUCCUGUUGAGUUAUCUGUGUUUAAUUGUAAUUUUUUUAUUUUUUUUUCCCAGGUGAGUUGUUUAAUUGUAAAUUUUGGAUCUGUUAGAUUUGAAUUUUGUUGAAAUUCACUCAAAAGUUUCAUGACGCUGACAUCCAUUCAAGAGCUUUGAAAUUUAGAAUCAUUGACAAGGUUGGACAUGUAUGUGUGCAAUGUGGUAGUUAACGUUUUUCUGCUUGAACAGUCGAAGCACGUCAAAACCGUUGAAACUUCGAGAAGCACACGCCGAAUGCCUAGAAAGGAUCCGGUGCCUAGGCACGGUGCCCACACCAUCACUGGCAGCGUGCAGCAUGCUGGGGUGCCCCCCAGCAUGAAGACCUUGAGUAGAAGGUAGAUCUGUCAAACCAAAAGAAGUUGGAAGUAUUAUAUAUUACUGAUUACUCAGAACUUGAUAAGAUCGAAGGACUUUACAAAUUGGAAGGAUUGAAAUGUUUGGAUUUGCAUGGUUGCAAGAACUUACAUAUGAUUGAGGGCCAUGAGGAGGGUGUGCAUCACUGAUUCAAUACCCAGUUUUGCAGAUUAUUCUACAAGUGAGAGAAAAGAAAAUAGCUCAAUGCUACAGGAAAAAAAAUAGAUAUAAGGAUGAAGCUGUAGCAGAAGCAUUGCGGGGGCAGUGUAACUUGCAUUGGCAAUGGGACCUGAAAGAGUCCUCUCUCCCUUGUGUGUGCGUGCGCGCGCGGGGGUGCAUGUCUUUUUCUUUUGGCAUGUUAAUUAUUACGGAAACAUGAGUUAUGGACAACAUCUUUAAGGUUUAUAGGUAGAAUAAUUUCUGAAGAUUAUAAUGCACUGUACAGAAAAGUAUAGUUUAUAAUGAAAGGUAGUAUAUCUUA